AUGAGUUCUUAUUUUGUCAACUCUACCUUCCCGGUGAGCCUGUCUGCGGGGCAGGAGCCCUUCCUGGGACAAAUCCCGUUAUAUGCCUCAGGAUAUGCGGAUCCUUUAAGACACUACCCCGCUACCUAUGGAGCCACUAGCGUCCAAGAUAAGGGUUAUCCCUCCUCUUCUUAUUACCAGCAAGCUAACGGAGCUUACAGCCGGACCACAGCCUGUGACUAUGGGACAGCUGGUUUUUACAGAGAGAAGGACCCUGUCUGUGCCACCUCAAACCUAGAUGACCAUGUUCAGUUUGCCCCAGAUCAGCGGAAGUCAGACUGCGCACAGACCAAAACUGUUUUCGGGGAAAGCGAUGACCAGAAGUGCUCUACUCCCGUCUACCCCUGGAUGCAGCGGAUGAACUCUUGCAACAGUUCAUCUUUCGGGCCAAGUGGCAGGAGAGGCCGGCAAACCUACACCCGCUACCAAACCCUGGAACUGGAGAAGGAGUUCCACUUUAACCGCUACUUGACCAGGCGUCGCCGGAUCGAAAUCGCACACGCACUUUGCCUGACAGAACGCCAGAUCAAAAUCUGGUUCCAGAACCGGAGGAUGAAAUGGAAAAAGGAAAACAAACUGCUCAACUCCACGCAGCUGAGCGCGGAGGAGGAGGAGGAGAAAGCAGCGGAGUGAAAGAAUUAUUUAAGAGAAAGAGAGAAAUAUCCCAACAGUUGGAGGAGGUAGAGGGUGGGGGGAAAGGGUUGGAGUGGAAGAGAAAACGCACCCCAAGUGGUGCACGCUUUGUAAAAUACCCGAGACGGUUUGAAGGUGGCGAGCCACCAACAUAAAUUUGCACCGUUGGACUCGUGUUCAGUUAAUCUGUCGUGUCAAAACAAAAAUCAGGCUUCUAGUUGAGUUUUUUUCCCUUUCUAUUCCUCCAAAUAUAAUAUAAAAUAAAAUAAUAAUAAUAAUUUGGAACUCUUACCUGUGUUUCUGCCCUUCGUGUCACUGUUAGUAACCCGCUAACUCUUGUAUUUAAUGGAGGUGCUGCAAUAUAUGUCAUUUUUGGUGUUUAUUGUCUUAAUUUUGUAAAAUGUUUCAUGCACGAUUGACUUAUAGAUUCCCCCCUCCCUGGUUGUUUUUCUUUUGGUAAAUUAAUCAAACCCUGGGGUCUUUGUAAUUAGUUUCUUUUUUUUUUAAAGAGAAAACCUACUGAAGGAACAAGUACUACCUAAAAGGAUGCAAAAGCAACAACAAAAAAAUUAUAUUUUAUUAAUUUUUGUACGUGUUGUGUUUGUAGUUUGUCUUAGGUAUGGCCAUGGAAUACUCUAAUAAAAGCAAAGUAUUCG